AUGGCAACUACAAUGCCCAUGCGAUCGCAUCCUCUCGCUUCAAUAGGUGAAGGACGGACCUCCAUCUCUUCUGGCCAUGGAUCGCAUCGCUCUUCUGACUCGAUAUCACGAAACUUCAGACAUAGUAAAGCACCUUCCCAACAAUCCGCUAGCAUAAGAUCGCCCAUAGGCUCAGUCGGAUCAAUUGCACAGCAACUAUCAUAUAGACCGGUGCAGGAUGGCAUUCCGCGCAAGAGAACCCGUCGCCUCAAGUCGCAAUAUCCUGCCAACUCAGGUGAACCUCAUGUCGAGUAUAUCCUUGUCGCCUCUUUCGAUGCAGAUAAAGGCCCAUCCAUGGAACACCAAUUCCCGGGAGCCAUAAGCCCUGAUGAGAACAUGUUGGCUGAGCUCAUGUUACCCGAUCAAACACAUAUGCGUUCUCAGGACUGGACCAUGUUUUUCCUCCAUAAAAACAACGGAAAUGGCGACGACGACAGUCAAUUCAGUGGUAAAGAAGAGUUGAAGAGGCAACGGCGUGAAGAUCGAGAACAGCGUAGACAGGCUGGUGAGGAGGUAGCAGACUCUGAGGAAGAAAGUGAUGAAGAAGACGAUACUCAGACCCCACCGUUAAUGUAUGUGCUCAAUCUGGUGAACACCAAGAAGGAUUCUACGGCCAAGCGUGGUGCACGAACCCAAGCUAUGGCUAUAUGUACGCGACACUCGUUCUUACACAUAUACAAGCCCUUGUUGUUGCUGGCCCUGGAAGACUACUUCAAAACUCCCUCGCAGAAAAUCCUCGAGAACCUCUACAAUGCCCUCAAUGCCAUGGAUCUGUCUCUCAUGCCACGUCUUUCACUUUUGGAAAGAGGUAUUCUACAAGCCAACGAUGUGAAGGACUUGUUUGUGGAAAAGUUUGAAACCAUGAUUGAGCAACGAGUAGAGGACGAGGAGCAAGACCAUACACUCAGUCCACCUUCAUCACCCAGCAGAACACCCCAGCAGAAAUACAUUGUUCCCAGAGAUACCCACGAGUAUGAAUCUCGUAUCGUAUACAACGAAAUCCCCAUACCGGUCAAGAUACCGACUGCUCCCUCUCCAGAGACUGUUGGAGACUUCUCCCUAGUUCACUUGAUCCAGACGUUUAAUACACCACAUGUUACACAACCACAACCUUUUGCCUUACAUCCUCAUCUUACCACUGCUGGAGCAUUUACCCACCCGAUAAUCGUCCUAAUCAAUGCUGUCUUGACAGAAAAGAGAGUCAUAUUCCUGGGUCAUAAGAGACCUUCUGGCGAAGUUGCAGAGGCAGUUCUGGCUGCUUGUGCUCUAGCUUCAGGUGGUAUCUUGAGAGGCUUCACUCGUCACGCUUUUCCAUACACCGAUCUUAGUAAGAUCGAUGAGUUGUUGAACGUUCCUGGCUUCAUUGCUGGUGUCACUAAUCCCACAUUUCUGUAUCAUCCGGAGUGGUGGGACUUGCUAGUCGACCUGCCAGCUGGACGUAUGAAGAUCUCUUCGAGUAUAGCACCUGCACCUCUGACCGAGGGUGGCGCUUUCUUCUCCCAGAACCAUAACGUCUCGAGAGAGGCUGUGCCGGAUCCCACCGGCGACAUGAAUUUUAUGGAGGAAGUCAUGGCGGCUAUUGAACAGCGUCAAGGCGAACAGAUGAUUCGUUCGAAGUUCCGCAGCUAUAUUUCGCGCUUCACCCGUAUGGCUGCAGCAUUUGAAGAGACUGUUUAUGGAGCUUCGUCUCUGUCAGCGCUACCGUCUACGGAAAUUGAGAAGGCUCCUGCACCGUCGAGACGCAAAUCAAGCACGACCACCGUUUCCACUACAACUGCUGGGUCGCUCAAGGGCCAUGGCUAUGUCUGGCCAAGCGAAGAUGCAAAGUUGAGAGAACUCUCCGCGAUGACGCCGAAGAUUGAAGGCUGGCGAAGCACGAGGUCAUACUACAACUUCAUCUCUGAUCUUGCCACACAGUCACAGCCAGGGAAGGACUCAUCGUCGCCGACAUCACCAAUCUCGCCUGCAUCAGUCAAAAGUAUGAACGGAAAUGACUUAUCUGGGCAACCACGUCCGUACCUAGACAUCUCGCAUACUCUCGCACGUCUACGUACACUACGACUGUCACCUGGUGAGGUAGCACCAAUCUAUUUUGCUUUGUCGCAGUAUUGUACCACAUACACUACGAUCCUAGAACUGCUGUCGCAUGCUCCACUGAGUGAAGCAGGUCUUUUCCAGGUCUCGAUGGGAUUGUUCCAUGAGAGCUGGGAGGUCCGGGAGGCGACGUUAACUUUGCUUGAGAGAGUGCGACAGCAUCCAGCUGGUCGGAUUUGGUUCGCAAGAUUAGGUGGGUUUGUGAAUGCAGGCUUCACUAGGACUCUCAAUGAGGUCGACAUGCGUAGGGACAGAGCUGGGAACGACGAGUGA